AUGUCGACUGUUAACAGUGAUACGAAUUAUUUAUCAAUUGAAAUAAGUGAAAAUUUGAAACAGAGUGUACUUGAACACAUUAAUUAUUUAAAAGAAUUUCAUGAGCAUCCUGAACUAUUGGCAGAUCAGGCACGAGCUUAUGCCAUAUAUCGUUAUGAAAAAUUUUGGUUACCAUUUAUUUUUGAAAAUCAAGAAUUAGACAAUAUUCUACCACCGAUCGAUAUUCAUCUUGUAUGGCAUACUCAUCUAUUAGCACCAUUAAUAUACGCGACUGAUUGUGAACAAGUUUUGGGACGAUUAGUUAAUGCUAAAAUACGUCAAAAAAAUCCACAAUCUUUAAAAUAUAGUGAGCAAUUAUGGUUAAAAAAAUAUCAAAAAUCGAUGCCAUACAAUAUUGAUUAUACAACAGUCAUUCCACCAGUACCAACGUAUACAUCAAAAAUAAAAUAUAAUUUACAUAAUGCUGUGGAAAGACAAGUAGGUUUCUAUUAUAAUGUUGCAUUAGAUCAUUAUAAAGAUGAAAAAUUUUUAAAUGAUGCUUUAUUACGAUAUAAAAAAUUUAUUUAUUUGAAAAAAAUAAAUCCGCAAUUAUUUGUUGUACCAAUGUACGAUAUUGAUCUUAUAUGGCAUACACAUCAAUUACAUCCAGAAUCAUAUAAACGAGAUAUGAUUAAAAAUUUAAAUCAGGUUUUACAUCAUGAUGAUUCAACACAAGAUCGUACAGUAAAUUCAAAAUUACAUAUAGCAGAUCAUGAUACACGUCAUAAAUGGGAGGAAUUAUACGGUGAAAAAUUACCAAAAAAUGGUUGUAUGUAUCGUGGAAAAUCAUCAAAAAAUCUAUAUAAUGAAGUAACAGAUUUCAGUUUUUUACUGGAAUGUCAACGUUAUUCAAUGUAUGUUCAAUUUUCAACUGUAUCAUCAAAUGACGUAGCAUUACCAUUACUAUUGCCAUCUGCAACAAAAUUAAAGCCAAUAACAUCUACAGAAAAAUCAUCAACUGCUGAAAAUGUGAAUACCAUUGUUUCACUUACUGAUCCAUUACAAACACAACCAUUACCACAACAAAUAUUUGCUCAAAUCAAUCUUUCUGAACAAGAACUAUUUGCUCGUGGUUCAUCGGGAUUAAUUGAAGCUCAUUUUGAAGCAGACUAUUCUGAUUUAAAAACGGAUCUCAAAUUAAAAAUUCAACAACGGUCCGGAUAUUGGCCAAUGAAUUAUUUUACAUCUGUUCAAGAAUUUGAUAUUGGUGAACCAAUUAAAAUAACGACACCUAAUGAUAUUGUUGAACCAUCCGAUAAGGCAACAGCUGAUAAUAAUCCAAAUGCAUUGUUUCAUCUGUUUGAAUCAAAUAUUGAAAAUGAGUUAAAAAUGCAAGAAUUGGUACCCCAUGCUAAACGAUUGAUUGUUGGUAUACCAGCUGUUGAAAUCAAUACAAUUAUUGUUUCUUUUGAAUCAUCGGCAUAUGACGAAGUAACAUUAAAAGAUAAUUAUCCAACACAAUUGGGUACAACAUUCUUGUUCAAUUUAGAAAAUGUUAAAGUUAAACAAGCUCUUCAUGAAAUACAUCCUUGUCAUCAAAAAGAUCCAUUAUUAUUAAAUAUACGUCAUACAAUUGUCAAUGGUUGCGAUAUAUUUACAGCAUUUUAUCAUACGGAAAUAUAUGCAUCAUGUCAUACAUUAAAUUGGUCUCAACUGCCACUACCUACUGAUGUUCAAGCAAUAAAAGACGUCAUUACUCUAGACCCACAGACAGAAGAAGCAUUAAUUAUCAAAGAUCAUAACGGAGAUUGGGGAAUUGUUAAAUAUAACACAGCCUUGUUCAUAGAUACACAGGAAAUAAGGUCAUCACUUUCAUCAACCUUAUCACCUGAAAGUUUUCAGUUUUAUCUCUAUCGUUUUACGGCAAAAGGUGUUGAAAAAGAGGCAAUAUUCUUCGAUUGGGAAGAUGAAAAAUGGUCAAUUGGUUCAGACAAUUUUGGUAUUGAUAUGAAUACAUGGUCAAUAUCUCUUAAACGAUCAUCGUUACGUGAAUGUAUGCAAUAUUUUUGUUUAUGUUCAGCGUUAAUUAUUCGUUUUGACACAUUAUUCAAUGAAAUAUUUGGUCAACAAUUGAAUGGCGUUGAAGAACAUGGUAAUGAUUUGUUGUCAAAUGAAACAAAUUUGGAAAGAUUGAGCAUUGAUGGAUCAAAUAAUAACGAGAAAAAACCAACAAUGGUUAUCAGUAGUGUUUAA